UGAGUGAGAUCAAGGGAAGUGUGAGGCCAUUUCUGCUCAUACUCAGCGAAGCACUAUUCGCACAUUUUCCAGCAAGAAUCAAGAGCUGAAGUUGGAAUUUUAGAACGCCAUGAAGUGGUCCCUUCUCCAACACUGGCCUUCCUCCCUCAUCACCAUCCUUCUCUAUCAUCGCCCUUCCUUCCCCAUCACCAUCAUUCCAAUCCUUGCACUCCGUUGGCGACAACAUAGCCAUCCAGCAGCCCGCACUGGAAUAGUGUCACACAAUCGCAGGGCAAAACACGAUUCAUAGAUCAGACGAAACUUAAUAGCGCGUCACCUAAAAAGAUUGAAAAUCUUUUUAAAAUACAACCCAAAAAGUGCUGGAAACGCCAAGCAGACUCGUGUCACCUCAGGCAGCUCUCAGAAUGGAGAUCUCCUCACACCAAGCCCGUUUAUUUCAACAAUUAAAUGAACAGCGCAAACAAGAAAUGUUUUGUGACUGUAGCAUCAUUGUGGAGGGAAGAGUCUUCAAGGGUCACCGUAAUGUUUUAUUUGCCAGCUGUGGUUACUUCCGUAUGUUACUUCUGCAUAGUGCCCAGGAUGCGGGACAGCCUACUGUAGCCACGUUCAAUGUCUUCUCUGCAGAUGCAUUUGCAAUUAUUUUGGAUUUCAUAUAUUCAGGAACAUUGUCACUCUCAAGCCAAAAUGUUAUUGAUGUGAUGUCAGCAGCCAGCUACCUGCAAAUGACAGAUGUGUUCAGUGUUUGCAAGAACUUCAUCAAAUCAUCACUGGACAUAAGUAUAAAAGAGAAAUAUUUAAAUUAUUCCAAUAAUGGCAAGAUUACAUGUGGCGAAGCAAUAUCCUUGCACACCAUCAGCCAGAAUCUGGAGACUAAUUCUUGCCGUAGUCAGAAGAACUCCAAUCUCGGAAGUCUUGUUGGGCAAUCCCGGAUAAGUUUCAACUUUCAUCAGGCAAUUUCAAGCCUUCCCUUUUCCAGAGACCAGUUGUCAAUUUCUAUCGCCAAUAAUCAAGAGCAUAUGGAUGUUUCUGAACUUGCUGUUUACAAAGCUAGUACCUUGUGUAUUUCAGGUGCAAAUGCAAGAACAUCUGAACACAAAAAUGUUGUUCCAUACAGUGAUAAGAAGAGAGUACCAGGUUUGGAAUCAAUUGCCCUUCCAGUGAGUUUUUUCAGGCAUCAGCAGAUAGAUAUGCUGCCUCUGCUACAAGAUUUCAGUGAUUCAAUUGAGCAACCUUCUCAAAAUAGAGAUCGAAAGACAGAAGACUGUAAUCCAUCAAUACCUAAAAUUGUGGAGGUUGCAGCUAAAUGGAAAAGAGAAAUAGCAGGAGACUGCAAUGUAUUACGAAAGGUGAGAUUCAAGUGCCCUUUCUGUACACAUACUGUGAAGAGGAAAUCUGACUUGAAGCGACAUCUACGAUCACAUACAGGAGAGAGACCAUAUUAUUGCAAUUCCUGUGACAAACGAUUCACACGACUUGAGCAUCUCCGCAACCACCACCUGAGUGUCCACAGAUCUAGAGACAUCAUUACUUGCAAAGUUUGCAAGAAGCCAUUCACUGGCAUUGCAACCAAACCUGCACAAGAUGGUGCCACAUCUUUAGGUCUGUGCAUUAACUGCAUAGAUGCAACGAAUUCUGAUGAGCCUAUCGACUUAGAUUCACAUACAGACCAUGAUAUAGAAUUUCAGGAAAGUGACAAAGAGUCUGGCUGGAUUUCUAGAGAGCCUGAUGGCGAGACUGAGUUCCUGAGUUCUGGGGGAGAAGAUCCAGAAAGCUGCCAAGUUCAUGCAGUACGAGAAAUCCUGGCUGACGAAGAUGAACAAGUCUAAGUUUAUGAUACCGUUGAGAAGAGUGACUGAGGACCAUUCUGUGCUGAGUCAUUUCUAUUAAAGCAAGAAAAGUAUAAGAGUUACCCGAGGGGUUCAAAAUGUAAGUUGUAUCAAUUUGAAAUUUAUUUGCCCCUUAAAAUGUUAAUGAUAACAAUUGUAUUAGUUGUUUCUCGUUUCUGUUCAAUAGGAAAGGUGGGAUGGUAAUUGUUCAGAUUAUUGACAUUCUAUUGUAUAGCUUUGUUAAAGUGUUCCAUGUUGGAUAUUGUAUGUAUUUAAAACUAAAAGAGACUAAAACCUAUAGCGAAGAACCUCAUCGGCACGUUUGUUAAAGAUAAAAUGGAUGCACAGAAUUGGAGUUAAAUUAAUAUAUUUGUUUCAGUCAUAGUGUAAUGUUAAAAUGUAUUUAUGUUCAAGUAUUCACCAUCAUGUUGCUCUGGUGGAGAGCCUGUGUGGGCAUAUUGGACCAAUGAGCUUCUGUACUGUACUCAUUUCAACUUUUAUAUACUUUUUUUUUGUGCUCAAAAUGGUCUUCAAGAUGUAUGUUUAUAAACCAGAUGUCAUUGAAAGACAUGAACAAAAAUAUAGAGCCCUUGUGUUUGAAUCAUUUUAGAAAUGUAAUACUCUGGUUAAAAAAAAGAUUUGACUAUCAUGUUAAUUCAACUUGUGAAAUGAUACUACAGGCAGAAUUUAUGACAUUACCCAUCAACAUUAUUACCUGGUUUUGCAACUAAGAUUUCAGGCUUUGCAGGUGACAGAACAUUUUCCAUUGUACUUGGUUAUUAUUGUCACCAAAUUGUCAUUUUGUUUUCAGCACACCCUCACUGUCUGUAGGUAUUUUCACUGGGUAUGAAACACUAUUUUUAUUAGUAAAACACAAAGUAUAUCAGAA